AUGCCAUACACACUCCAAACCUACGCUGGAGAGGUAAAUGGGGAAUGGCGAUACGGUCUUUAUUCACCACCACCCCCACGAACCUUUACACGUUUCAAUCAACUCCCGCCUGAAAUACGCGUUAUGAUUUGGGACUAUGCGUUUCCGAAUACGAACGUGGUGAGGGGUGAGAGUACGGAUGGGAAUGAGAAUGGGAAUUGGUGGUGGUUGCGGUGGCUGAGUGGAUAA